CAUAAAAUAAAUAAUUCAUCAAAACCACAACAAACAUAGUCUUUUGCACAGUCCAUAAUCUAAACAACAAACAAAUCAAAAACUAUUCAAAAACAAUGUAAAUACAAUAACUGUUCAUUUUUAAAAUAGAAGCAUAUCGUAUCAAAAAACAUGUUAAACAUACUGUCUUACGUAGGAAUGAGCUUACAGUCUGAGGUAUGCCUGUGGACGCUACUUGGACUUUUGCGGACAAUCUUCGAUGCUACACUUUUCAAAGUAAACGCUAAUCUUAAACAGGUAUGGCAAAUGAAGAUGCCUCCGGAGAUAUCGCUCCCCGUUCAACGGGCAAUCCGCACCAUGAUCUCUGGUUUGAUGCUGGCCCAAUGUUUCACGGUUUACGUCUACCUUGCCUCUUACAUUGUGCUGUUGUAUCCUGUAUUUUUGGAAGAACGUCCCACUUUAGUGCUCCCAUGGCUUCUACUAGCUGCAAUAAGAAAUCUGCUGUGUGAGCUGACGAGCCUGGCAAUCGGGCUUGGUACCUGUGUCCUCCUGGGACCGGCUCGACCACCUUGUAUUAGAUUCGUCAUUAUCAAGCUGGCUUCGAUCGUGCCCGCGUUUUAUAUGUGGAUGCUUAUUUUUGGAUAUUAUCACAAUUUAAAAAUGGCGUCAGUAUUCAAAACAUUCCCGACGGUAUUGCCUUCGAAAGACCUUGAUUGCGGAUUGGAAUUAGCCGUACGUAGACGUCGAACUAAGUCUUUACAAGGUGAAGAUCAGUUACGCGAAAAACUUAUUGCCAGUCUUUACUCCGAGCAAACAUCAUUGCCAGACAAAAUGGCCACACCAACUCUAACAAGUAUUCUCGAAUCAAAAAAAGGGUCACCAGUAGCCAGUUACGUAGACAUAACGUCUCCUUUAGAUGCUCUGUGUCCCUUGUCCGUUACUUCUAACAGAACUGUAUCAGAUAUAGGCACAGAUGAAGACUGGUUUGGUAUCGAAGUAAUGGUACCUCGUGCUACGGACCGCAUUCUUGAACAGUUUGUAUUAAUGCUGUUGCGGAUAGGUGCUUAUUUGAAAAAAGAAAAUGCAGAACCGAUUGGAAAUUUAAAUUCUAAUUCGCAAGCGGUUCUACCGAGCCACAAUCAAGAAUGCACCGCUAUGCCUUCUGAAGAAACAGACACACCUCUCUUAGUUGGAAAUAGUAAAGGAGGAAUCGCUUCAUAUUUGCGCGAUUAUCCACAGAUUUUCGGAAAAAAACCAGAUAUAUUAGGCGCUUUAAAUACAUCAGAAAGUAAAGUACAUGCAGUUAGAAGUAGUUCUAGUUCCCAGUCUGCCAAAUCUACUAAAGAAGUAUCAACAUACACUAUUAAUCCGAAGUUGAAAAACAAUUUGACGACACAAAAAUCCAGUCACAUACAUAUAAAUUCACAAGAAAAGAUAAAUGAGCAAUGUUCUAAAAACAUUUCUGAAGGUUCAGAAAAUAAACAAGUUACAAAUAAUUCAAAAAUGGAUUCAAGUAGAACAAUAAAGAGUGUCACUGAGAGAGUGGAUGCUUCUGCUGAAUCAAAGAAGAGUGAAGAUAAUCUAAAUACAAAAAAUUCAAAUUCAGAAGGUAUUUUAAAUCUUAGCAAAAAUAAAAGAAAACCGUCAACGUCAUCUAGUGGUAGUAACAAUACUGAUAAUUCAGAUAGAUCUAGCACUAACUCUUCUAAACAUAGGAAAAGUAGGUAACAAUCAAUAUCAAAAAAAUUGAUGCUUGAAUUAACAUUUAAACAUGUUAAAUAAAAUUUCUUUUAGGAAGGGUUAAUGAAUGUGACUAGAGCAUACGCAAUGACCAAAAGAGGAGCAGGGCACAAAGAAAGACAUGAUAACCGUGACGAAAUUGUUAAUUCGGACAAAUAAUUAAUAGAUCAAUAACCAAUUCUAAACAAGUAAAUAACUAUUGGUUUCAUAGUUGAAUCUUGAAUACCACCUCAAUAGAACUUAAAUAAAACUUCAUAUAUAAGUAAAAUCCAAAAGCUUUAUUCAAUGAUUGAUAUUUAAC